GAGCGGAAAUGGGAUUCUAAAUUCACACGUGCACGACAAGGAGCUGCGAAACGUUUGUCUCCGUGGCAUACUCUCGAGUUAGGCUCCGGGGCCGGCGAGUGGCCUUGGCGUUUCUGCGUCCCUCCCCCGCCCAGCGACUGUUUCUGUUACGGCCUCCCUGGCCGGCCAGGCUGGCUGCUUUUCUCUUGCGCCAUCCCAUCGUGGGGCUGAGUGCAAAGGCGCCCGACCUCCCCCCCCCCCCCCACUUCGGGCUGGCUGCCGGGUGGGACACGCCUUCUUCGGAGGAGAACAAAACAACCCCCCGAGAGAGCUUGGCCAGCCAGGCCACUUCUGGUGGGAGCGAACGAGGCGGGCACAGCCAGUCACCGGAGGAGGCAGCAGCGCGCCCAACAUCAGGCAGGAUGCCAAACUGGGGAGGAGGAAAAAAAUGUGGCGUGUGCCAGAAAACCGUGUACUUUGCAGAAGAGGUACAGUGUGAAGGCAACAGUUUCCACAAAUCCUGCUUUUUGUGCAUGGUCUGUAAGAAGAAUCUGGACAGCACAACAGUGGCUGUUCAUGGAGAAGAGAUCUACUGCAAGUCAUGUUAUGGCAAGAAGUAUGGGCCAAAAGGCUAUGGAUUUGGACAGGGAGCAGGGACCUUAAGCAUGGACAAGGGGGAAGCACUGGGGAUCAAACAUGAAGAGCAACAACCCCAUUAUCCCACCAACAAUCCCAACGCAUCCAAGGUAGCACAGAAAGUGGGAGGUGCUGAUGGCUGUCCCCGCUGUGGUCAGGCUGUAUAUGCUGCUGAGAAGGUGGUUGGAGCUGGGAAGUCAUGGCACAAAUCCUGUUUCCGAUGUGCAAAGUGUGGAAAAAGCCUGGAGUCAACUACUUUGGCUGAUAAGGAUGGUGAAAUAUACUGCAAAGGCUGCUAUGCUAAGAAUUUUGGACCCAAGGGCUUUGGUUUUGGGCAAGGGGCAGGAGCACUUGCCCAUGCCCAGUAAGGAGGUGGACUGUUUGCUCUGAAAUCUUCAUUCCAGUGGUCAGUGCUUUACCAGUGCUGAGCUUACCCAGACUGACCCUCUAAAAGGACUGCUAAUGUAUUAUUAAUGCAGUAACAGUACCUGCUACUUUCCAGUGUUUUCUCUGGUCCACCUCCUUGUUUGCUAGCUGGCCAAACUAGUAUGACUCUCUUCUAUAGGCUCUUGAAGACACUUAAAAAGUUCCAAAUUGCUGUGAUUGGCUAGAACUCACCACAGAUAGCUUUAGCACAAUGGCCUCCUUUAGCACGGAUUCAUGCUUACAAUCACAGCAGAAGCUAUAACUAGCAAGGAGCAUAGCUGUCUUUGUCUAAAAAUACUGCCACAGUUUCCUCAAACACUCCCCCCACCUCCACUGGGAACAGGGAUGUACUGGGACAUCAAACCACAUGUUAACAGGCAACACAAAUUGAUAUGCAAAAUAUUGAAGCUGAUAAAAAGUUACUUAGGAUAGCAAGAAUGAAAAGUGGGAAAGGAUAAAACUAGCUGAGCAUGCAAAAGGUACAAGAAGAGAAGGCAAAAUUAAGCAUGUAAAUAAAGCACAUUUAUUAAGCUUGGAGGAAUGAACAGAAUAAAUUUUAAGUAUUUCAUUUACAGCUACUAUGUUGAUAUAUAUUGUAGCAGCCACUGCUGUAGGCUUCUUUCCUCUUUUGGACAAUGAUGGCAUUUAAAAAUACAUGCCCAGAAGUGAUGCUAUACAGCUGCCUUUCCCAGUGGCUUUGCUAUCAUACCUCGAAGGCAUGCAAACUUGGAAGCAGCCAGCAAAAGCUGCUACCUUUGAUUCCAUCUCGGUGUAGCUCUCCUACAGCAACAGGGAACAUUUGGGCAGCAAUCAUAAGCAGGUUUACUUAGAAGUAAGUCCCAUUUUAUUCAGUGGGGCUUACUCUCAGGAAACUGAUUAGAACUGUACCUCUAAGGAUCUAAAAAUCCAGUUUACUUAUACAUGCUUUGUCAUCCUUCUUGUCUGUGUCACUUCCUUCUUGAGCAAUGGAAAUGUUUCAUGAGAUCAAUUUCACUUUCCUCCUCCCAGUGUGGACAUAGUGUCUUUUUCAGUCAUGGAGGCUUCAGGAGAAAGGGAAAAGCUCUGUUUGUAUUACAUCAGCCUAGAGCUGCACAUACCUGAAUUAUCCUUUCCAAAUCCAGCCUGCAACACAGGAUUCAUCCCAUUUCCAGCAAAUGAUUAACAUACUAGAAGAAUGAAGCUAGUAAUUAAACCAAACUACAGCAUGCCAUUAGCAGAGAAAGAAACUAAAGUGGCUUAGUGUCCUUUUAAAUUGCAGACAUUUUGUGAUUAUGGAAAGUAAUCUAAAUAAACUAGUACAAGGUAUAUUAACGCACUCAGUAAUGUUACAGUUGCCUCUAUAAGGCAGGACUUGAAUUUUCAAGGUCUUGCGUGUUUGUGGCCUUGUUAUUUUUUCUGGGUUUUUUUAAAAAAACAGAGAAAGUACUUAGUUGUUUGUUUUUCAUAUUAAAAUGAGCCCAAAUAAUGGUAAAUUGUUCUGGUGUGAGCUAAAUACACACAUCUCUUCCUUUAGGACAUAGCCUGAACAAUAUUUUAAUUUGUUCCUUCCUCCCAAGGCGAUUAGCAUGGAAUUAGAUUAAAAUUCUGUUGUUCUGCACACAUCUGUUACAAGCAUGUCAAAGAGAUUGUAAUAAUAGAUUUUUACAAUGUUCCUUCCAUACAAGAACUGUUCAAAGAUUAUUCUGUCUAUUCAAUAAAGCUGUUAACAGGCA